AUGAAUCUACAACAUGUAGAAGCAUGCAGUAAUACUCCAAUAUCAAACAUGGAUAUGAGUCUUCCACAGAGAAAUCAAUUAGAAGCAAAUUAUUGUUCAAAAGAGUGGAAUAUAAAUGUAUUUGCUAUAAAGAGCCUGAACCUUUACCUCCUAAUCGAAAAAGAAGACGAGAUGUCCAUGUAUCUACUUCAAUUUCGCUAUAUCCCAGGAACCAAGUGUCAGGCAGGUUUCACAGCUCACGUGCAUUCUGAUAGCUUACUAAUUGACGUUUGGAAUGAUAAUCACAACUGCACAAGUGUCAAGCUUUCUUCAAUUGCAACCGUAGAAACUAAAAAAUUGAAAGUUGAUGACAAAAGCCAAAAAUUGAUUGGAUUAACAUUCAACAGUUUUCAAUCGAUAUUAACGUUCGUAAAACAGUUCCAAAAAGAAGAAAAUGACGUUUAUGUUACGCGAGAUAGUCGAACACUAAUAAGUAGUGACAUUCAAGAACCAUAUAAUGCUGAUUUAGAAUAUAUUUAUGUAAAAUUUGUUUGUAAAUUUGGUGAAGCAACUCAUACUCCCAAAGUAAAUAAAGUGCGAAAUACAAGUUCCUACAAACUAGGAUGUCAAUUUUAUAUUUACGCACAUAUAACUAAAGACAAAAAUUUAUUGGAAAUAACAAAAGUUAAUUUGGAGCACAUUAAUCAUGAAGAUAUUGAGGCAUUUAUUGGGGAUGUACCUGAAAACAGACGAUUGUCUCCAGGAACAUAUGAAAUGGCAUUAAACGCCAUGGAUUUAAAUUGCUCCAAAAAACUGUUACAAAACAAAAUAAUGAAUGAUAAAAAGAUUAAUAUUCGAACGAAAGAUUUAUCCAAUAUGCACAGAAAACAUAAGAAUUUGAUGACUAAUGAUCUACAAGUUGUGGAAAGAAUGCUGAAAUCUAAAGGUGCAGAUGUUCAUAUUCUUCAUAAGAAUAAUGAAUAUCAAGGUUUACACUUCUCUACCGCUGAUAUGAGAUCAUCACUGAAAGCAUGGCCAGAUAUUGUAUUUCUUGAUGGAACUUAUAAAGUUUUUAAUACUAAUUUAUCUUUAAUGAUAUUACUUGUAGAAGAUUCAAAUGGACUCAGUGAAGUAGCAGGGAUUGGUUUAUUAGCACAUGAGGACUAUUUAUCGAUGAAGUGGUUUUUGAAUACGGUGAAAAAUGAAAAUGAAGAGGCUUGCAAUAAUAUAAAAUGUUUUAUGACCGACAAAGAUAUGACAGAGCGAAAAGUAUUAAAAGAAUUAUUCCCUAACUCACUUUUACAAAUAUGUCGAUUUCACGUUUUAAAAAUAUUUUCAACUCAAAUAACAACAAAAAAUAUGAACAUUACUAGUGAUCAAAAAGAUUUUUGUUUGUCCCUACUCACUAAAAUUGUAUACAGUUCAUCAGAAGAAGAAUAUAAUGAUUAUUACGCUACAUUAUCAAAAGAAGCACCUCCUCAGGUCGUUAAAUAUUUUAACGAUAAUUGGCAUAUUAAUAGGAAAGAAUGGUGCACUUAUUUGAUGGAAAAAAAUUUGGGCAAUUACUCGAAUAAUAGAUUAGAGUCACUCAAUGGAAAAGCUAAAGAAGAGAUUGGUCUGAAUAAUUACAUAAGUAGUUUUGUAGUAAGGUUUUUCAAAUGGCUUUCUAGUCAUAACCGUAAUAAUGACUUCAAAGCUUCCAAAAAUUUUAUUAAAAUACAACUUCCUGCAAAUAACUUUACUGAGUGGGAAAAACUGUAUUCGAAUUAUUUGACCAUAAAAGCUUUUGAGUAUGUUCAGACUGAGCUUAAGUAUCAUAAUCACAUUACGUUUUGGAAUGAAAAUAAUGUAGAAAAUACUAUUAAUCCAGAUAAUAUCGAAGAGAAAUAUAUUAUGAUGUGUAAAUCACUCGUGAUAACUACCACAAACAAAAGUUGUGAAUAUCCUCACUGGUUAACUUUGUUUUUACCUUGUCGACAUAUUUUUUUAAUCAGAAAGAAUUAUGGUGUUUCAUUAUUUUCGGAAGAAUUGUGUGCGAUUCGAUGGACAAAAAAUUAUUACCGAUCAACUCAGAGAUCAUUUCGAAAAUUAAAAAAGGAAACUGUUGAAGAAGUUACAGAAACUCAAGUUUCUCAAGUUGUCACAUCCGGAGAGAAUAUCGAUAGCAGGGUAGAAUUGCACAAACAAUUGAAAUAUAUAAUAAAUGAUAUAACACAUACUAUGAGCUUGAAUUGUGGUCAAAAUUUUGAAAAUAAAAUGAAAAUUCUCAGUAACAUAAGUUCUUCUUUUAAAAAAGGAUCAGAUAUUGAAAUUGUAAAGGUAGUUCCAUCUUUGACUACUAUUAAAAAUAAGUUGCGAGGUACGAUGGUAACAGAAACAAAUGUUAAGUCAGUUUUUCAAAAACGAAAAAUAAUCAAAUCAUUAACCGAUAAAAUUUGUGAGUCAUCAAAUAGCUGGUUAUUAAAUAAUUGGAACUCUAAAUUACAAACUUUAAAAGAAAUAGAUAAUUUUUGGAGACAGUCUAUUGAAGUAGAUGUACUUGAAAAGCCAAGCAAAGUAGCUGCAGCUGCUAUUGAAAACUCUAAUUCUAAAAAAAUUAACAAAGUUGGGCAGGCAAUAAAACUUGAUUAUGAUUGUAAAGUUUCUGACGUAAAUACACCUGUGAAAGUAAACACUCGAGGUCGGCCUAAAGGAGCAUUGUUAACUGUUAUAGGAGUUCCAAAGAAGAAACGUAAGCUAAGUACUUUUUCGGAAAAAAGUAGUUAUGAACAAGCCACUGUUUUAUUAAAUUGGUUGCAAUUACCUGAUACAUUGAAAACCUCGAAAAUGGCUUCACACUUACAUCUGUGA